AUGUCACUGACUGAGUCUGCUGCGUUGGAUGUGGCCCGUAGCGCGUCCCUCGCCUCCCGCAAGCUCGCAAUCCUCCCCAAUGCGGCCCGGAAUGACGCCCUGACGGCACUUCACCAAGCAUUAGAUCAGAACCGAGCCACGAUUCUUGCUGCCAAUGCGAGGGAUGUGGAGGCUGCUACUAGUGCCGCCGAAAGAGGCAACCUCAACCACAGCGUCUUGAAACGAUUGGAUCUGUCUCGACCUGGCAAGUAUGACGAUAUGCUAGAGGGGAUUUUGAGUGUCCGAGACUUGGAAGAUCCAAUUGGAAAAACCACAAUGCGGACUCUCCUGGAUGAGGGUCUGACUCUGGAAAGAGUCAGCUGCCCUAUUGGUGUCUUGCUGAUUAUCUUUGAGGCUCGCCCCGAGGUUAUCGCGAACAUUGCUGCUCUUGCCAUCAAGUCAGGCAAUGCUGCAAUUUUGAAAGGUGAAUCAAUUACGUUCAAUUGUGAUAAACAGGAUGGCAUCAUUGACACACUCGAAACAGGUGGAAAAGAAUCUCUCGAAUCAUUUGUGGCCAUUGCAAAUGUUGUGUCCGAGGCUAUUGCUAGCUCACUGGUGCCAGUAUCGUCAAUCCAACUUGUUAAAUCGCGGGAUGCGAUAUCGUCUCUCCUGGCUCAAGACUCACUCAUUGAUCUUGUGAUUCCCCGAGGAUCCAACGAACUCGUUCAGUUUGUGAAGGACAACACCAAGAUUCCCGUCCUUGGACACGCCGACGGCCUCUGCUCCGCCUACAUUCAUUCCGAUGCCAAUAUCCACAAGGCAGUGAAAGUGAUUGUGGACUCAAAAACGGAUUACCCGGCUGCCUGCAAUGCCCUGGAAACAUUGCUGGUGCAUGAAGAUACCUUGGAUACCAUUUUCCCUGCCGUUGCGACAGCUCUUCUUGAUAAGGGUGUCUCCCUCCGAUGCGAUGACUCAUCUAAAGCGGCCUUGAUGAAGACUUUGCCUUCGGAAAAAUGUGCUGGAGUGCAGUCAGCCACGGAGUCAGACUAUGAUACCGAGUUCUUGGACUUGGUAUUGGCUGUCAAGACCAUCUCUGCGAAUUCUUCAACCUCAGCGGUUGAAACCGCCAUUGAACACAUCAAUGUACAUUCUUCCAAGCACACUGAAAUCAUCUUGACCGAGUCCGAAGAGUUGGCGAAUAUAUUCAUGAGUGGCAUCGACAGCGCUGGAGUUUACUGGAAUGCAUCCUCCCGCUUCGCUGAUGGAAUGCGCUAUGGAUUUGGGACGGAAGUGGGAAUUAGCACCAACAAGAUUCACUCCCGGGGCCCCGUCGGACUAGAGGGCCUUACUAUUUAUAAAUAUUUGAUCCGAGGCAAUGGUCACGCAGCUGCCGACUAUCACGACGGCGCAGGUGGACGGAAAUACGCCCAUUCCAACCUGCCCUUUUAG